GAGAGGGGUUCUAAAGGGGAGAAGGCGGGAAACCCACCGUGGAGGGGCUUUGGGGGUGGCUGGGAGGAGCCGUGGGGUGUUGGGGAAGGGACAGCAGACGGAGUCCCUCCACAUCCAGCCCCACGUCCACCCUUGUGGGGUGGGGGCUGGCCAGAAGGUCCCUCAGGUGACUCAUGGGGAUCGUGACCCCCACCCCUGUGGGCAGUGAGGAAAUGUGCCAGGACCCCCAUGCUGAGGUCUCCCCACUGUGUCCCCCCCUUUCCUGCAGUGGGACCUGGUGUGCACCUCACGCUGGAAGGUGCCCCUGGAGCAGACCACGCACUUGCUGGGCUGGAUGCUGGGCAGCGUCGCCGCCGGCCUGGCAUGUGACAGGUUCGGCCGCCGUCCCGCCUUCGUGGUGUCCCUGGUGCUGGCGGUGCCCCUGGGCCUCUGCGUGGCGCUGGCCAUGAACUUCAUCAUGGUCCUGGUCACACGGCUGCUCUUCGGGGUGGCUCUGGCAGGAGCCUUCCUCUCCCUCUAUGUGGCACGGCUGGAGCUCUGUGACCCCCCGCACCGGCUGGUGGUGACGAUGGUGGCCGGCUUCUUCUGGAUCGCCGGGGAGCUGCUGCUGCCAGGGCUGGCCGUGCUGUGCCGGGACUGGCGGGUGCUGCAGGGUGCUGUCACCAUGAUCCUGGCUCUGCUGGCUGCCUGCUGGUGGUGCCCAGCGCUGCUGCUGGAGUCACCACGAUGGCUACUGGCCACGUGGCAGCUGGAGAGGGCCAGGAAGACCUUGCAGGCGCUGGCCGAAAGCAGUGGCCCCGGCUCCAACGAGGGGUCCUGCCACCAGGAGAGCCUCCUGGCAGAGCUGGAGUCCCUGUCUGAGAGGUCCCCACAGCCCAGGUACCACGCCGUCUGUGAGAUCUUCAGCACCAGGGUCAUCUGGAAGAACGGUGUCAUCCUUGGAUUCACAGCGUUCAUCGGCUCCGGCAUCCGCCACUGCUUCACCCGCAACCUGGACCCCCACCUGCCCCACUUCUUCUCCUCCUACUUCGUGCUGGUGGGCACCGAGGUGGCCGCCUGCCUCUUUGUCUGCCUGACGGCCGAGCGCUUCGGGCGCCGCGCCAUCCUCCUGCUCUGCACCGUCCUCACCGGCAUCUCCUCCCUCCUGCUGCUGGCCCUCACCCAGUACCUGCUUGACCUCAUUGUCCUGACCCUGUCCGUGGUGGGCAUCACCGCCUCCCACGCUGUCACCAUGCUCAGCAUCUUCUUUGCCAGCGAGGUCCUCCCCACCGUGAUCAGGGGUGCCGGGCUUGGCCUCAUCGUGGGGGCCAGCUUCGUGGGCAAGGCGGCCGCCCCCAUCACCGCCAUCCCCAACAGCCGGGGCUUCUUCCUGCACCACGUGGUCUUCGCCUCCUUCGCCAUCCUCGCUGUCCUCAGCAUCAUGCUGCUGCCGGAGAGCCAGGGCCGCAGCCUGCCCCAGUCCCUGCAGGAUGGCGAGAGCCAGCGCCGGCCCCCCCUCUUCCACCGGCCCCCCCGGGAGGACCACCUACCCCUCCUCGCCCCCCAGGGCAUCCCCCAUGACUACUCCCGCCUCGCUGCCUCCACCAAGAGGAUGCUGGGCUCCCCGGCUGCACCCCGUGAGACAUAGCUCUGUGUGUCCCCCCCCCCUCCUCCAGGGUCUCCCUGCUGCUGGGGGGGGGGCUCUGCACAGCGCCAGGAUCCCCCACCGGGACCCCCCCAUCUGUGGGUGCUUGUGGGGAGACGGUGGGGUGCCCCCGGGACCCCCGGGCUGGGGGAAGCAGCACACCCACCGCCCCAGCAGGGCCGGAUCCUGCCCCAGGAGGAGCUGUGCUGGGAGUCCUGGGGUGGGGGUGAUGCCCCCCCCUCGGGGUGCUGGGGACGGGUGCUCGCCAGCUGCCAAUAAAAGUGCCUUGUUUCUACGGGCGGCUGGCGUGGUCGGGGGCCCCGUGUGGCGCCCCUGCCACCGGCCCCCUUUUUGGGGGAUCUUUAUUAUGAGGGAACCGGGGGAAUCCUCAUCCUCCCCUCCCUGGCUCUGGAGGGGCUUUCCCUGGGGGGGGUGUCCCCCCCCGGUGAUACCCGUGUCCUCAGCCUCUGCCUUCCUGUGGCUUGCUGGGCACGGGGGUCUGUGUGUGCACACACACGUGCAAAGCCCCCGCAGCCAGGCAUCUUGUGCACGUCCGUACGCAAAGCCGCUGCGCCGGGGCAUCUCCUGCAC